GUGUGUGUGUGUGUGUGUGUGUGUGUGUGUGUGUGUGUGUGUGUGUGUGUGUGUGUGUGUGUGUGUGUGUAACGGAGAGAGAGAGAGAGAGAGAGAGAGAAAGGAGAGCUGAUGUUUGGCUGAGAUAGAGGAGAGAGAUUUAGUCGCCCUGUCGCGGUUGCUCAUGUCACAUCGUCCCCUUUAGGACCUGGCCUCUGCCUCUCUGUCUGGAAAAUAACCCGGAACAGCUAAAAUGGAAUAUCUGAAAACUCCACUCUGGAAAACACUCGGAGCAACAUCAUCCCUCCUGCUGCUACUGCUGCCUCAAAGAGGGGAAGCCAACUGCAGGGGAGAAAAGAAAGAAUGACAGAAGAUUUCAGCUUGUAUAAGAAAGUGAAGAAGAGACGGAGGCUUGUCCGCACUGAUUUAUCUAACAACCGGGGGAGGACACAGAAGAUUUCUACAUAUAAUUAUAUUUGAAUUGAGUAGAGAGCAGAGGGGGUAGAGGAGAACAGAGCGGAGAAGAGAGGAGGAGGAAGAAGAGUUGAGGCGAGGAGAGGAGGAGGAAGAUGAGAAGUGUAAACACACUCCAGAUGGGAUCUAGUUAUUAAUGAAAUCCCUCCAACCUACAGUCUGGGGGAGCCAUGAGGAAUGAACCACACUGACCUCUGCAGGAGAACACAAGAAGAAGCUUGAACCACAGUAAAGCAUGAGCGCUACAACAACAGGAGAGAUGGAGGUGACGGUGGGCUCCCAGGAGAUGGCCUUGCUCAGCAACUUACUGGCAGCGUACACCUUCAUUGCAGACCAACCCGAGCAGGCAGCACUGGUGUUUCUGGGCGGUGUGUGUGUUGGCCUCCUUGUCACACUCUGCGCCAUCGUCUUCCAGAUACACUGUCGAGCAGACUGCAACUAUGGAAAGAACAGCAACCCUCACCAUCGCCACAGGCACAGGCAUCAUCACCGUCACCACCACAGCUGCCCCCGCCAUCAGCCUGCUGUCAGUAAUCCAGACAGCACUGCUGUGGUCGCGGCUGCAGGGGCCGGGCCGGCUGGGGACAGCGAGUCAGAGGACUGGGACGACGCGUCCAACCUGUCGGCACGGCGACGCAGACGCUUUGAGAGAGCUCUGCUGCACGCCAGCAUGUUCACAUCAGCUGAGGAGUUGGACCGAGCCCAGCGGCUUGAGGAGCGGGAAAGGAUUCUCCGAGAGAUCUGGAUGAACGGACAACCGGACAUCAGUACAGUCACUCAAAGCCUCAACAGAUAUUACUGACACAUGCUCAGUCAGGCAGAUAGUCAGAAGGACAUGAAGCUGCACAGGCGCACUGAUGGACAAGAGGUGAAAUAAUAGUCUAACAAAUAAAAUGAGAACAAUAACUGGAUGAAUUGAACAUUAUCCAUCGGUUUGGGAGCGCUGUCUGCACUCCAAACUAUUCCUGACAGCACUGCCUGGAGCAGUCCUCUCUACGGUGUGAACAACACGGAAAACACAUGAUAUGAUAUAACCUAUCAGUCCUACCACACAGGAUUUCACUGAGGUGGUUGGAGGAACGUCCUUGUGGCCUGAAUAUCCAUCAAGGGACCGACAGAGCGUGGAUUCUCAGGAAUGCUGUCAUCAUUUGUUCAGAUAUUAUACAAAGAAUGAAAUGGCUUAGACUGAAACUGGGAGACUUACAAAAAUGUGACGUGUAACUACUGUCAUAAUGUUACUGCUAGUGAAAACUGUACAGACAUUUUUUUUUUUUAAUCAGGUGCUUUUCAGAAUCGUGGAGCAAGUACAGAGGCGACGAGAGGCAUCAUGGAGGCUGCUGCGUUUGAUGUGUGUGCGGAUUCAAAUAUUCAUGAUUCUGUGUUGUUGCACUUUUCUCAGCUCACUCAUUGUUUGUAAAAAAAAUUCUAUAAUUGUGAGCUGAGUAGUGGAAACUCUUUGUAAGAUUAAAUAGGAGGGAAGAAAAACUUUAGUUCCAUGCCAAGUUGGAGAUUUCGCAUAUAUGGUGCUUUUACUGCUGCAACUUUUCAUAUAGAUAAGUAAAUAAACUAAUGAAUGCUCACUCACAAGAGAGGUUAUGGAGGUCGAUUCAAAAAACAAUUAGACCAAGGAUUACCAUCCUAUCAGCUGUAGGCUUUGUUGCACAUUCGGACAGCAGGUCAUCAUGGUUGAGAGCAUCAUGCUGCCUUACUUUAUUUGGUUACUGUGGUAAUGGGCUGAAAAAAUUUCAAAACUAUAUCCCAGGAUUAUUUUGAAUAUUGUUUUCUGUACAUAUUAUGUA